GAGCGUUUCAAUAACAAUGUCUUCAGUUCAUCAUCUGAGAGAGUUUAUCAGAGAGCGACUAACAGCUGCUGUUGAAGAAAUAUUCACAGAGUUUGAUAAAACCAUCGUCCUGUUCGAGAAAGAGAUCGAUCGUCACCGCAGACUGCUGGAUACCUGCAAGAAGAAAGCCCAGAGAAACUUCCACACAGCAGAACUUCCACAUCAACAUGUUUAUAAGCAGGAGGAUGUUCCAAUGGACCAGCAGCUCUGUAAUCAAGAGAGGGACUGCAGGCUGGACCACGUAGAACCAGAAACUCCACAGAUUAAAGACAUGCAGGUUGAAUUCUGGAACAGGCAUGAGGUUGAGCAUCUUCUAAAGAAGAAUACGAAUUCCUUCUCGAUGCUUCAGGGUAAAUCCAUCUGUGAAGAAACAUCAGAAAGCAGCAUUAUCGACUUCGAGGAAGACCUGGAUGGUCCGCACCGAUUGUCUCAGAUUAAUUUCAUCACGUCAGAACCCCCACAGGAACAUCUAGCUGAGGAGGACAACCUUUGGAACAGCCAACAACUCUAUGACCACAAAAGAAAAUCUAGUUUGGACCAGGAAGUCCAGACUAGAGUCUUACAACAGAACAGCAAAGAACAGGUGAAACGAGAACCUCCACAGGUUAAUGAAUACCAUGAGGAACCAGAACCUCUACAAAUCAAAGAGGAGCAAGACUUUUUCAGCAUUCAGGACGAGGAGCAGCUUGUUCUAAAGGAAGAAACUGAUGUUCUCAUUAUUAAUUUUGAUGAAUGUGACAGCAUCAAAUCAGGACCAACCAGCACCCAGCUCCUCUCUCAUAGCUCUGCAUCAUCACCAUUAAGAGAAGAAUCAAGUUUGGACACAGAUGAAACAACACCAUAUGUUUGCAACACUUGUGGAAAAAGAUUCUCCGACUUAACGUGA